AUGGAAGGCUUACUCUCGUGGAAACGGCUAUGCUUCCUGCUAGGAGGCUUGAUCGUGCUUCAGUUCACCUUUCUGUUCUCCAGCAGAUUAGGACGGGAUAUGUCACCGGAUAUCCUAAACAAACUUCAUCAUUCUCGGCCGUAUCACGCCAAGCCUCAACCCGUACAGUCCACGAGCCAGCAGAUCACGACCAACUCCUCCGAUUACACCCAGGAUCGUUGUGAGACUGAGUUUCCAGAUCUGUACCUUCCCAUUGACAAGACUGUGUCUUACUGGAAGGAUCGCGGUCACACCAUCAACUCCAAAGAUAUGGACAUCUCAUGGCGCCCCGACGGGGCAAUACGUAUCCUCAUUCAUCAGAACGAACUCCGGGUACUCCAGACUAAAGGAGUCCUCACACGCAGAGACUACCACAUCCGCGCUGUCUCCAUCUUGAGUAUGAUCCAACGUGCUUUGGAAAGCGCGACCCGAGCAGGCGAGAUCCUGCCUACGAUCGAGGUACCACUCAUAAUGGACGACCGAUCUGGCCUCAAGGGACAUCCAGAAGCUACCAAUACCGCCUGGGCUUGGGCUUCUAACAGUGAGAACGCCAAUCAUGAACGCCAAUGGCUCAUGCCGGACUUUAAUUUCUACAGCUCCCCUUCCUCUGGCUCUUACGCGGAACAGCUCCGCAUGGCGGAGCAGAUGGAUUCUGAUUUCGAGGACAAGAUUUCCAAGGCGUACUGGCGCGGAGUACUCUGGACUGCGAAAGAGCUCCGCGGUCCACUCCUCGAUUCAAUGAAGGGAGAAUACUGGGCGGACGCCGCUGCGGUGGACUGGAAGACGCGGGAGAAUAUUGUUGCUAUGGAAGAACAUUGCCGAUACGCUUUCAACGUGCACACCGAAGGACGAUCCUAUUCCGGCCGAUUGCCCUUCCUCAUGAACUGCGAUUCGGUACCCAUCAUCCAUCCCUUGAAGUGGACGGCGCAUUUCUACCAUCUCCUGGAGCCAAGCGGCGAGAAUCAGAACUACGUUUCUGUCCGGCGGAAUUUCAGCAAUCUCAAAGAGGUCGUCGAGUACUAUCUCGAUCGACCGCGGGAAGCGCAGCGGAUCAUCGAGAACGGGAAGAGGAUUUUCAGGGACAAGUAUCUGACUCCCGAAGCGACCUCUUGUUAUUUCCGGCGGUUGAUCAGGGCUUUCGGCGAGGUCUCGUUCCAGCCGAAUGCGAGUCGUCCUGCGAACAAGAUGCUGAGUUAUCGGCCGAGAGGGAUGGCAUUUGAUGCCUUCGUGCACGUGAACGAGGAUUACGAUGAUGAGAAAUGGAGCGAAAGGUGGGACUGA